UUUGAUACAUAAAAUGAUUGUAUUGCAUUUUGAGGCUGAUUCCCUCCGAUAGGCGAGAGUCUAUCUAUAACCAUGGAAGUUUAAUUAGGUAAUAAUCUAGAUUGCAGAUUGGUAUGUUGUGUGGUCCGUGGGUUUUGACGCUAGUUGCGACCCCUAAAAAAUACUCGGGUCCCAUUGAAAUUCGAAUUUCCCCACCAAGGGUCCACCCAUUUACUAUCGAUACCGAAACCUAGGUCGCAACGAUUUCCUAAGUCGCCCAAAAUCUUGGGAUCGUCCCGCAUUGCCCCUCUCCUUUUCUUAAGAAAUCGAAACAUUGCGGUCGGUGAACAAAGAAUUAGGUAGUAUCUAUAGAUCAUAAGUCACCAUGUCCACUACAACAACAGUUACACAGAAUGGCCCAUCGGCCGAGACCAUCCUUCGUCUAUUUCCAGAUAUAGACACCAGCUCGGCGGAGCUAGAGGGUCACGAUGCCGAGCAGAUUCGACUAAUGGACGAGGUGUGCAUCGUUCUCGACAACGACGACAACCCAAUUGGAACCGCUAGCAAGAAGCUAUGCCAUCUAAUGACCAAUAUCGACAAAGGAUUGUUGCACCGAGCUUUCUCCUGCUUCCUAUUCGAUGAUAAAAACCGAUUACUCCUCCAGCAACGAGCUUCCGAGAAGAUCACGUUCCCUGACAUGUGGACGAACACAUGUUGUUCGCAUCCCUUGGGUAUCCCCGGCGAGACCGGCUCAAACUUGCCGGACUCGGUUGAGGGUGUGAAGCGUGCCGCACAGCGAAAACUCGAUCACGAGCUGGGCAUCAAGAAGGAACAGGUUCCGUUCGAAGAUUUCCACUUCCUGACCCGAAUCCACUAUAAGGCCCCCAGCGAUGGUAAAUGGGGUGAACACGAGAUUGACUACAUUCUCUUCAUCAAGGCGAAUGUUGAUAUAGAUCCCAACCCCAAUGAAGUUAAGGAUGCGAAAUACGUUACCCCCGAUGAGUUAAAGGCUCAGUUCAAGGACCCGAAGCUAACAUUCACACCUUGGUUUAAACUCAUAUGCGAGUCUAUGCUUUUCGAAUGGUGGGAGAAUCUUGAUUCCGGUCUCGAGAAGUACACCAACGAGCAGGAAAUCAGACGCAUGUGAAUCCGGACUUUGAGGAAGAUACUACGAUCUAGGAGGGGGGAAGAGAGUCAUUUCUUUUGCUUCUUUUCUUUCUUUUUUUCUGAUUUAUCAGCAAGAUGAUCUGGUAAAGGACGAAUAGAUUUAGGCCUUAGGCCAAGUACGUGUCUUACACCAAUGGCGAACUGCAUAUUUCAAUAGAUAUCCCUUAAGCGGUACUUUUUUCAGAGCGGGGGGUUAACAUUUGCUUCGUCGUUUCAAACAUGCAAAUCCCCGUUUAAAAUGUCAUCGCACCUACCAAUCAACCACUAAAUCAACCACUGAAUUAACCAAUUAAGGCAAAUGUCCCUCCCCGGUUCCAGGGGGGAGAUAAAGU